AUGAUUAAAGAAUUACGUUUAUUUAUAAAUGAUGUUGAAAUUGAUCGAAAUUCGAAUGUUGGCAUUACAAGUCUCAUGAAAGGAUAUUUAACAUUUAGCCCCAGUGAAUUAAGUGCUUUAGAGAAUGUAGGUUUGUUGUCUAACGACGAUACGCAAUUAACCAGGGCAGAUGGUUAUUUUGAUAUUUUGAUAACACUGAAUUUACUGAGUGGAUUUGCUGAAGAUUAUCAAAAAAUUCUUAUAAAUGUUCAGCUAGAGUUAGUUUUAACCAUUUCAAAUACCGAUAUCAAUGCAUACAUACACAAUCCAACAGAAGGAGCCGCACCUGAAAAUGAUGAAGUUACACUACAAAAAAUUGAAUGGAUUGUUCCAUACGUCACAUUAUCAGAGAAAGAAAGAAUUCAAGUGUUAAAUUAUAUUACUGGUGAUCCAUCUAUUCCUAUUAGUUUUAGAACUUGGGAGUUGUAUGAAUAUCCACUUUUACCUGCAACACCAAGACACAUUUGGGCUGUCGAAACAUCAACUCAGCUUAAAAAACCACGCUAUGUAGUGCUUGGAUUCCAAUCAGCAAGAAAAAAUGAUGCGAGAAAAAAUGCUAGUCAAUUUGACCACUGUAGCAUUAGAAAUAUAAAAUUAUUUUUAAAUUCACAGAGCUAUCCUUAUAGAGAUCUUAAUCUAAUGAUUGAUCAAAAUCAGUAUGCGUUAUUAUACAGCAUGUAUACAAAUUUUCAGUCUUCAUACUAUGAUAAACAAUCCGAACCACUGCUGGUGAAGAAAAAAUUUUUGGAUAACGCGCCACUAUGCGUUAUUGACUGUUCUAAACAAAACGAAGCGAUCAAAUCUGGACCGGUAGACAUACGUUUAGAAUUUGAGUCAGCAGUUCCAUUUCCACCUAACACGACUGCUUACUGUCUAGUUAUUCACGAUCGGAUUAUUGAGUAUAACCCUAUAAGCAGUACUGUAAGAAAAUUAAUCUAA